AUGUCCGAGGAGCCACCGUACGUCGUCUCCCCUACAGCCGACUCAUCUUCCACCGCCCGCCCUGCCACGUUCAUUUUUCUCCAUGGCUAUGGAGAUGAUGCCGAAGGCCUCCCGCUGGGGCUGGCUCAACAGUUCCAGUUCAACAACAAAAUGCAAUAUCUGAAAUGGGUUCUGCCUAAUGCACCGCACAAUCACGAGGCCAUGGCUCGAGCAUGGUAUGUCCCCAAGGCCUUGCCCAACGCCGUAAAGCCUCGAGUGCCGGGGCAUGAAGGUGAGGAAGAUGCUCCAGAUGAUGAGGUCGGGAUCAUGCAGAGCGUGGACAUGUUGGAUCAGCUUGUCGAACAGGAGAUCAAGAAUGGGACGCCCUCAGAGAGAAUCGUCGUCGGUGGAUUCAGUCAAGGUUGUGCGGUGAGCCUGGUUUGGGGUCUGACCGGGAGGCUCAAACAUCAAGUUGCGGGAGUGCUCUGCCUGUCUGGGUACAUGCCCCUCCAAACCCGGAUACAACAGCUGAGAAAUGAGAGGGGAAUCAAGGACGACGACAAAGAUCCCAAAAGAUGGUUCUACGUUCAUGGUACAAUGGACAUGUUGGUUCCCACAAGACUCUUUGUACAAGGCAAAGACGAACUGGCAAAAUGGGUGGACAAGGAGAAUAUCGAGGAGCACCUGUACCAGGGCAUGGGCCAUUCUACGAAUUCUGCCGAGUUGAGAGACAUGCUGGCAUUCUUCGAAAAGGUCAUCCCCGAGUGA